UAGGGAUUUACAGCUGAUCCGAUUUCUACAAAACGUGGUUGUGAAAAGUCUCUUACUUCUUAUCGUUUUUUUAGCAGAUUGCGAGUUGUUGAUUACAAAAAUAGCACUUAAGCGUCAUCAACGCCGAUUGAACUAAGGAUGUCCCUUUACCCGAAACGGCUCAGAGCCAGCCUACUAAUGACGGGGCUCCUAGUGUUGGCUCUCACCUUGGAGGAUGUUCAUGCCAAGUGGCGGUUUAAGUUUAACAUUUUUGGGGGCGGAAAGACCUCUUCGGUCCCUCGCUUAUCAACUUCCCAUUUGACGCCGGUUGCACUGCCGCCUUCGAUACCAUCUUUCCACUUGGAUACUGUAGGGCUGAGCUACCGAGGUAGACCUCAUUCGCAACCGUCAGUCCCUGACUUGCCGAUUGGAUGGAAGCCCCAAGUUCCUUUGGGCGGUACUUACACCAACAUAUACGAUCGUAUGCCGGCCUAUAAUCCGUUCUUCAAAUCUGGAGCAACACAAAGCCUUUCUGGAGAAGGGGGCAGUUUCAGUUCAAGUCGUUUCGACUACGGACUCGGAUCGCAUUCGCAGCCUUCAGUCCCGGCCUGGCCUAUUGACUGGAAGAUCCCUAGAAACCACCUAGCAACUCUGCCGGCGCAUAUCUCCUCGAUAUCUUCUUUUGGCGAAACUCGAAACAACAUUUACGACCGUCCGCCGGCCUACAAUCCGUUCUUCAAAUCUGGAGCCACGCAAAGCCUUUCUGGAGAAGGGGACAGUUUCGGCUCAAGAAGUUUCGUAAUCAGAUCCCAUGCCCAGCCUUUAGACCCCAUAAACGAGCGCCUGCUGAAAUCUGUAGCCACACAAGCGCAAAGAAAUACGAACCUGCAAAGGAAAUCCCAUCCUGGAGAAGGCGGCACUUCCAGUUCAAGUGAUUUCGACUUCGAUGAAAUUUUUACCGGCAUUGAAAACACGGUCCGUGAUAUCUCCACAGAUAAGAACGAAACUGUUCACUAUCCAGAGGCGACGCAGAGAUCUGGCUUGGGAUUGGGCACUGGUCUCUUUCCAGGAGCAUUGGGUCACUCACUUACUCCCACCCAUAACCGAGAAGUAGAGCUUGCCGAAGGUAAGGGCGGAGAAGACAAGAAUAUCAGCAUACCCACCACCAGUGCCUUGGGAUUGGACGAAACGGAGUCAACUACCGAAGAAACCCAAGAAGCAUCUACUUUUUGGCUGCCAGUUGCUAGUUCAGCCCCUGCUCGUAUAACCCGUGACAUUUUUAGGAAAUCUCUACCGCACCGAAAUGAUCCCUCCAGGAUGGCAGAACAGAUCUUUGGAAAUGUAAGCAUCAUCUCAGUGAUCAUUACUCUACUCCACUUUUGAGAAGAGAUCUCCCCAUCAGGCAGACAGGUGUAAAAUAAAACGGAAAAUAGGAAAAAAUAUUCUUUAAUUAAGGACAGAUAACAGGACAAAGGGACAGAUUUCUGGAAAAUUAAAAAUUAAAAUAAAGUUUUUCUGGAUAUAUCUUACGAAAAAAAAAGAUACCACAUAACCCUUAUAUGUGAAGCAGAAAUCAUUUUGGGUAUUCCCCAAUCGGUUAAAAUACUGAAAUAAUAAUAAUAAAAUAUAACAUGUUCUUA